AAAACUUUUACAAAACAACUCGCUCUCGUACAUAUUGGAAACUUCAUGCUUCAGUUUUUAUUCAACUUUGUACGAGAAAAGACCGUGACUCGAAAGAUGGAGAUUAAUGGAAAAGAUCAUCAGAAAAUUCAGAAUUUCGAGGACUUGGAUCUCAGCAUUCAAGAGCUUAUAGAAAGUGCUGUGCAAGCAAGGAAGCUUGCUUAUUGUCCAUACUCGAAUUUUGCUGUUGGUGCCGCUUUGCGAACAACAAGUGGUGAAAUAAUCAAAGGAUGCAAUGUCGAGAACGGAGCACAUACACCUUCAAUUUGUGCGGAAAGGACAGCAAUUGUAAAGGCAGUAAGUGAAGGUCACACAAAUUUUGAAGCAAUCGCUGUGGUAGCAUUUCAGGAAGAUCAAUUCACUAGUCCCUGUGGCGUCUGCCGUCAAGUCAUAUCAGAAUUUGCAUCAAAAGACAUAAAAGUGUACAUUUCUAAGCCAGUUCCUGUGAGAAUUCUCUGCACUUCACUGUAUGAAUUACUGCCGUAUCGAUUUGAUUCGAGUAGAUUGAAGCAAGACUCGUAAGAUUAAGCAUGGAUAAAUAACAUGCUUAAUGCAGAACAAAAAAAAAAAAUUAAAAAUCAGUGAAUUUUUUUUAAAUAAAAUUAUUUAUGGAUAUGAUAUAAUAAGCUUA